AUGUUUAAGCUUCACAAUAUCAACGAUAAUGAGGACAUCUACCAGAGGUGUCUUCUCAUUACUGGCCAGUGCGAAGGAUCUAACCGACAAGAUACCUUUGUGCAAGUGGACACAACAAAUGAGUCUGGAAUCGAAACCUUUCCAUCUCACCACUGGCCCCUAUGUAAGGGAUGGUUCAAAUGCUUGGUUCUGUUGACUCCGGGCAAGAAUAUCGUCAAGUUGAGUACUGAUGAUGGAAAACAUACUACCGAGUUGUCUCUCACCCAUAUCCCUCUUACAAACGCUCCUCCUCUUCACCUCGCAAUCAUGGUAGCGAAAGAUUCCCCUCUCCUGGUAGACUGCCCUCCGAACAAGCUGGGGUUCAUUUUUUCCGCACACUCAGAUUUGAGUGCUGUGGUAGCCAAGAUGCGAAUGGCCGCAUGCAUGUGGCAGGCUCUAACAGCUGAGGAGAUGCGGGCUGCUGGUCUCGGCCGACGCGCUUUCCGGCUCGAGGACGAAUGGGGGAGCAACACUCUGAGCGAACGGGGUUUCAGAAGUCCGCAGAGCAACAAGGCAAUGGGCUCAACAAUUAAAGUCCACAUUGUCCGAACGGAGAAGACCGUUGCUGAACUUCGAGAUGCGAACAUUGCUCAACAGAACGAGAAGGGUCGGGAUAGGGACGGGCUACACCGGAUCUUUUCCAACGCUCUCAAGGCCCACGGCGCGCCGUUCCAGUCGCAUUGUCGUCCUGUUGUUGCCGGCCUGAUUUUAGAUUCCGCCUUUGAUCAGCAGCAGAACAUGAUACUAGGUCACGCCGCCCUCGGGGCGCAUAAUCCAGAUGGAUUGUCUCUUGGUAUCUUUGGUAGCCAUCUCACUUAUUCGUGGCCAAGGUUCCUUGAGGAAGUCCCAGCUUGUCUCCUGGACACAACCUUGCCAGGAGAUACAGUAGGCAACGACAAUGGCGAAUGUGCUACAAAUUGGGAGGCCUGUGCUAUUGGCCAAGGCGCCUUUCUCCAUGAGGUCGGGCACGCCUUUUCUGCGCCACAUACUACCGGCAUCAUGGCUCGAGGGUAUUCGCGGGACUGGACCAAGUGCUUUCUCUCUAUCGUCGCUUACAGCGAACAUUUGAAGCGAAAGGAUGAGAUUCCCAUAACUAAUCAGACCAGUCAUCUGUGUCACUGGGACUUGGAAGACAUGCUGCGCUUUUUCAAUUUACCUCACUUCCAGCUUCCUUCGGAUACUCCUCGCAGCUCUGCCUGCCCAACUGCCAUCUUGGAUGACGAUACCGACCCCGGCCGCCUUAUCGUACGAUGCGAAGCUGGUAUUGCCUCCGCCAAGCUCAACGGCGACGACGUUGAGACUGCGCCUAUUUCAAAUCCAACAAAAGAACUAGCGCUUGAUGUGAAUGAACUGGAACAGAAGAUGAAAUACAAGAAAAAGCCAUUAGAGCUUCGGAUAUUGAGCAUGAACGGAAAGCACACCAACUUCCCCGUGUGGUCGCUACUGUCCAGCCGAACGUACAUCCCUAUCCAUGGAACUGGCAUCAGACUUCUUAAGAAGGGGGUGAGCCGACCCGAGACCUACGACAAUGACUGGCCAUGGGUCGUCAUGCUCAAGAAGAGAAACCGGAAAGGCUCCAUGUCGAGGGCUUACAAGAUCGAUGUGAGAGUUGGCUGUGCGCUUGACGGGGCUGAGGUGUAUUUCGAAGACGGGACCAAGAUUCCGUGUGGCCCCCGCGGUGAACACGGGGCAGAUCCAGACAUGGGCGGGCACCAAGCACGGAAGAUCAAAAUCCCAAGGAACGUGGAGAUAGCCAAGGUCUUGGUUGCACACCAUGAAGGGUCUACUCUAUCCGGCUUGCGCUUGGUGCUUUCUAAUGGGAAGGCCAUUGGUGCCUUGAACAAAAAUGGGUCAAAUUCAACCAUCACACCAUUGGUCCCAGACGAUGGUCACAAGAUCGUUGGCUUUUACGGAAAUAGUGGUGAAUUUGGGUUGUGCAGCGAGUUUGGCAUCAUUACGGCACCGAGAGAUGUCGAGAUCCCCGAUUCUGUCUAUGACAUGCCCGAGUUACAGAACCUCCCAAAGAAUGGAAAUGAGAGGGGGCAUCGUAGUAAGAAGCGAAAGGUUAGCCGUAGCAAUUAUGACAGUGGUACGGAGGGCAACGGAUCCUCUUCCGAGGACAGAGAUGAAGGCUACGACUGCGAGUCUGACGCAGACGAAUUUUAA